CAUUAUCAAAGGAAGUGUCCUUGAACAGCGCGACGAUUACUAUUUUACCUGUAUUUUAUGAAAGCUUAGUCAUUAAUUUAAACAAAGUGUAAAAACCGUAUUUCAGGAUGUUACUGAGAACGUGUGGUGUCAGGCUAAAUACACUGUGUUUAAUCUCAAUUGUUGCAGGAGCCUGGAUUUACUUAGUUUUUAGGAUAGAUUAUCCUAAUUACAAAGAACUGUCCACACACGAAGACAAAAUGAAUGAAACAAGCAAUAAAAACACACUGUUUCGGCCAGCAGUAGACCAGCCUUACGCCAAACACAUUACAACUUCUAACGAUCCGCUACAGAAGAAUCAUCAAAACAGCAAACUGGAAUUAUUACAUGACAAGUCUGGAUCAAACAAUUCAAAUGUCAUGCGGUCUAACCCAUUAUAUCCGCUGUUCCAGUCAGCAGAAGAGGAGGAAUUUCCGACAGCAGACGGGAAAUUGCCACGAAUUCCUCACAUUAUACAUCAAAUGUAUGCGGACGAAAUGAUACCAGAAAUGUAUAUAAAUCAUGUGAAAUCUUUUAUAAAACACAAUCCAACUUGGGAGUAUCGAUUUUGGACGGACGAAUCAGGUCGUAGACUGCUUCAAAAACACCAUCCAUACCUUGUUAAGGUAUAUGACGAUUUUGGAAGUAGUGUCAAGCGAUCCGAUCUACUUCGUUAUGCAGUGCUAUAUGAAUUUGGUGGAUUUUAUGCAGAUUUAGACAUGGAUAACCUACGUCCUCUUAACAUAACAACAAUGAAAUACUCUUGUAUUGUUCCAGUUGAACCGUUUGAACACAGUGCUUUGUUAAACAAUAUGAACUUUCUUAUGAACAACGCAAUCAUGAGUUGCCGUGCCAAGCAUCCGUUUUUCAAGCUACUUUUAACAGACUUACAAUCGGUCAAUCCAAGUGGUUAUCCAGUGGGGACCACAGGUCCUGGGUAUGUUACAAGAAAAUUUAUCAGGUACAAUCAUAUUAGCCUUGCAGACGCUGGUAGGAACAAAACUGAUUGGACAAGUAAUUCUCCCUAUUUCUAUAAGGGAGAACUGAGGGAGGAUGAUAAUAACUCUGUAUACGUACCUAAUUCACAGUACUUCAUGGACAAAUUGGAUCCUAUACAUGUAAAAGAAGACGGGAAGUUUACACAACUAUGUAAAGGUAUUGAAACCUUAUCAUAUCUGAAUCAAAGAGCCUGUUCGGAAUUCUAUAGACGGGAACCUUUAAGAAUAAACAAGAAAUACACAUUCACUGUACACCAUUGGUACCAUUUAUGGGAGAUGAAAAAAUCCUCUGUUAAUGAGCUCAAAAAGAUCAAUAUAAGUGAUAUAGUUUCAAAUUGUAUUCUUUAUAAUGGAUGAAAUUUAGAUGUGAUGUUUUAUUCUCAAAACAAACAAAAUGUGGAGUAUUAUAUAAACUAGAUGAGUGUCCAUAUUACACAGGUGCCUCCCCGCCUUCGCCCACUCCAGUCACUGUACAUGGUUUCAUGGUUCUAGAUGAAAUACUAUUUCAUAUAUGAAGCACAGACGUUUAAGCUCUAUGAGUAUUUUUCAAUAAGUAAAAUACCAUAACUCCUGCCAAGCUGAAUGAAAUCCCAUAUGCCAUAUAACAAUCCCGUAAUAUUUAAUGACUAGGCUAUGCUCUUUAUGCAUAUGUUUGGACAAUCAAGGGCCAUAAAUAUGAUCUGACUGACAGAAAUCCAGAAUCUCAGGUGCAUAACAUGUACUUUUAAACAUUUGGUCAAUCGCAAACGUGCUUCAUUAUCCUCAAUUAUAAAAGACAGAUUUAUAUACUAGACAAAUGUAUUUAUUUAUUACAAGUUCAUGCUAUUUUGUACAUACUAACUAGAAUCUAAUCCAUUAUUAAAUCUAGCAACUAUUUUCCCUCUCAUUGCCUUUUUCAUUACAUUACUUUAUGUGGCUUAAAUAUACUUGACAUGCCAGUGUAAUUCUUAUGCUAUACUUAAUGUGUGUUCAUUUGCAGCGGUUACCAUUUUAAAAUGCUUUUAUUUUACCUUUAGAAUACGUUUCGAACUGUAAACAGACACGGUGACCGAACCAUCUCUCUUCUAUUAACUCAUAAGUAAUAUUAUUUAGAAAUUAAUGACCUAGCAUAACAAUAUGUAUAUAUCAAAUAUCUUGUAUGUAUGCUUGUUAUGCUGUUUUUCGGGUUUUAAGUUCAAAGCCCGUAUUCAUUAUUGUUUGUCCUGGAAUAGAGUCAUGGGCUUCAAAGUGAUAAAUUUUCUUGGUGCUUUGCUAUUAUUAAUUCUAACACGACCAGCAAAUAACCUACAUACAUGUAGAGCGAAAUCUAUCUCGGCUUAUUCUGCAAUAAACCACUCGCGUGCAAUGACGUCAUCCGAUCCAGCUGCGUAGCACGGUCGUAAAAGGUAGUUACCAUUUUUCUAACACUGUUGAUACUAGUAUGUCGUGUUAGAAUCGAAAUAAAAAGUUCCCAAGUGAGAUUUAUCGUAGAAUAACCCGAGUUUUUCGUUCUUAUGUGAAACAGUAUAUCACUCAGGCCUACGGCCUUCGUGAUAUAUUCUUACGCAUAAGAACUCAAAACUCGGGUUAUUCUGCGAUAAACCAGGUUUGGGAACUUAUUAUUUAUUAAAUAAAUACAGAUCGGAAUGAAACUGCAUGAAUAUACAUUUUGCUGCUACAAACAUGCUAGCAAAAUCUGACGAGUACAAAUUUGCAAUAGGCAACGUUAUGGCAAACUGAAAAUUUACCGAUCUAAAGUCUUAAUUUUAGACCCACACGUGAACAGUUUUAUUCUGGUCGUCUUUGUUUCACAUAUUUGAUAGUAUCAGUAUGCAUGUUCAUCAAAUUUAAUAAAUGUGAAAUAAAACAUU